GGAACACAAGCGCUAACUCUGUAACGGACGUCUGAAUGCACACAAAUUUUGGCAUUUACAUCGGGAUAUGGCUGAUUUAAACGAGAGAUUGUCGUCUCGAAGUAACUGUUGCUGUGCACACUAGUAGUUUGCGCUGAAUUUUCUACCACUCCUCGUUUAACUGGAGAAAGAAGAGCAGCAUCAGCCAUGGCAGAGGAGCGACGGCAGAAGCCAUGCUCGGUUGUCCUCCCUACAGAGUCCAUGAAGGCCAUGGCCGAGUCUGUGGGUGUGGGGCAGUUGCAGGAGGAAAGCUGUGUCGCUCUGAGUGAGGAAGUCAGCUACAGAAUAAAAGAAAUUACACAGGACGCCCUGAAAUUCAUGCAUCAUGGAAAGAGACGUAAACUAACCACUAGUGACAUAGAUAAUGCUCUCAAAAUGAAAAACGUAGAGCCCCUUUAUGGUUUCCAGUCUCAAGAAUUUAUCCCUUUUCGCUUUGCGAGUGGCGGCGGGAGAGAGCUUCACUUCUAUGAAGAGAAAGAAGUGGAUCUGAGUGACAUUAUUAACACGCCGCUUCCCAGAGUUCCACUAGACGUCUCUCUCAAGGCUCAUUGGUUAAGUAUUGAAGGAAUCCAACCAUCUAUUCCGGAGAAUCCUCCACCUGCGCCAAAGGAGCAGCAGAAGGCCGAGUCCACUGAGCCACUUAAAGUGGUGAAACCAGGCCAGGAAGAGGAAGUGAAGAUUCAAGGCAAGAGCCAGGGGGCGACGGCUGCCGACGGCAAAGGAAAGGACAAGGGGCUGAUCAGGCUGAAACCCCGCAGCACUCACGAGCUCUCUGUGGAGCAGCAGCUCUACUACAAAGAAAUAACAGAAGCCUGCGUGGGCUCGUGUGAAGCCAAGAGAGCUGAAGCCCUGCAGAGCAUCGCCACAGACCCUGGCUUGUACCAGAUGCUUCCAAGAUUCAGCACCUUCAUAUCUGAAGGGGUCCGUGUCAACGUGGUGCAGAACAACUUGGCGCUGCUGAUCUACCUGAUGCGGAUGGUCAAAGCUCUCAUGGACAAUCCCACUCUCUAUCUGGAGAAAUACCUGCAUGAGCUCAUCCCAGCGGUGGUGACCUGCAUCGUAAGCAAGCAGCUGUGUUUGAGGCCCGACGUGGACAACCACUGGGCCCUGCGGGACUUUGCCGCUCGCCUCAUGGCACAGUGCUGCAAAACCUUCAGCACCACCACCAACAACAUCCAGUCGCGCAUCACAAAGACGUUCACAAAGAGCUGGUUCGAUGAGAAAACCCAGUGGACGACACGCUAUGGCUGCAUCGCAGGACUGGCCGAACUGGGACCUGAUGUGAUCAAGACGCUCAUCCUUCCUCGGCUUACUGUAGAGGGCGCUCGCAUCAAAGCGGUGAUGGAAGGAGCCGUCAUCUCCAACAUCGACAAAAUCGGAGCGGAUCACGUUCAAAGCCUUUUGCUGAAACACUGUGCCAGUGUCAUCGCCAAGAUUCGCUCUCAGCCUGACAUUGUGGAGCAGUACCGGACCGAUUACGGCUACCUGGGCCCCAUGCUUUGCUCUCAUGUGAUCAAGGCCCGAACACAGGCGGCUCUGCAGGCGCAGCAGGUCAACAGAACCACUCUCACCAUCACACAGCCACGUCCCACUCUGUCCGUCUCACAAAGUGGACUGAGCGGCUCCACGGGGCCCCGCACUCCCAGCAUCAUCAAGGUUCCCAGCUCGCUCACCCUGAUGUCCCAGAGACCUGGAACCCCGUCCCAGCCGUCGCCUCCAGCCACCAAAUACAUCGUCAUGGCAACCAGCGCCGGAGCAGCCACAACCCAGCAAGUGAUCACCAUCAACUCAUCCCAGUCGGCCUCGCCAGUGACCAGCACGGUCCCCAGCGCCAGCUCCACCCUGCAGCCUCUGGUGAAGCUGGAGUCCGGCAGCGCCGCCCCCCGACCUCUGCAGAAAUACAUUGUGGUGUCCCUGCCCUCCUCCUCCUCCUCCAUGGACAACAAGAGCUCCGCCGCUCCAGCUGCCAUCUCCUCCGCGCAAAUCGACGCAGGCAUGAAGAUGGAUCGCUCCGAGUCUCCUGGCGCUAGCACGCAGUCGUCACACUGAACUUUUAACUUUCUUUUAAUCGCACCCAGAGCUGAGGGGGAGAUGCGUGAAUGGGAAGAGAGACUGUAAAUACUGGAUGUCAACGGCCAAUGAAAACCAGUCUGUGUAAUCACCUGUUCAUUCAAGGUUGUUGCUUUUUUUUAUUCAAAAAUAAAUCAG